GGACACCACUCGGUUCCAUGCUCCCACUGCCGCACGCUGACUCGAGUUUUCCGUGCCGCCACGGAGUAACAAGCAUAGACAGAAUGCAGCCCAAUACGCUGCUCAACAUGCACCUCUGUUGGCUUCCCGGACAUUCAAUCAACAAGAGUGUAGCCUCCAAAUUCCCGAGGACUCGAUCAUCGCACAACUCCUAAAUUUGUAACACAGAACGAAACAGACGGCUUGGGCUCAGUCAGCCAGCAAGCGAAAACACUCCGAGUUCCGUUUCAAGACUGCUGCUGCUGCUGGUGGUAGUGGUGCUGGUGGUGGUGGCGUUGUUGACCAACAGGACUCUGGGACGGUUGGUGGACAAGAUACCGUCUCUGUGCAACUACAAUGGCGUCUUGGACUGUGAAAGGAUGUACUCCGCAAACGCUCUUCGCGGCCAGCACUUGGAUGUUACUUCUCCUUGCGGGCAUGAGCUGUGCCCAGCCAGAGCAACCUGAACCAUACUACGUCAGCUGUUAUAACUCAGUGGGGGUCAAUUUCAGUAACAUAGUCAGCGAUGAUGCUCCCCUGGGCUCCUACGACUACAGAACAGCAGUGUUCCUGCCAGAGCAGAGCCCCAAUGUAACAACAGGAGUGCGCUGUGCUGCACAAUGCCGCUCCAUUGGAAGGCAAUUGUCUGGACUGAUCCUGACGGAUGAGAAUCAGUACAGAUGUACCUGUGGCAUUGCCUGGACAGGAUUUCCAAUACUCCCCGAGCUCACCAACGGUUCUAAUUGCUCUGCUUGCGCGUCCGAUCCAAACAGUCUUUGUCCGUCAACUGUGGAGUCAGUAGCCAUUUACUACCACCGACCAAGUUACACUCCUGCAAGCGUCGUCUAUGGUAACUGCUUCGCAUUUUCAGAAGAGUUACAACAAUCCCUUCAACAAUCGGGAGAUGGUGUUCUAGCCUCAUCCUGGGCCGGUGCUCUGCUGGAAGCCCAACAGCCCAGCACCUGCAUCACAGAAUGUUUGUUGAAGGGCUUCCCUCUGGGAGGUGUUGGUGAUUCUGCUUCAUGCUGGUGUUUCCGCGACUUCCCCUCUGGUUUAUCAACAUUUGUCUGCCAAAGUGCAGGUUGCCUAGGGUCUGUUGCACUCGAUGGCAACCGACCAGCCGGUGUUGUGGAUGAUCUUAUUUGUGGUGGAUUUGACCAAAUUUCCUUGUAUGGAGGCAUAGCACAUCGCGUACCAAACAUUACAACAGUCCCUGCUGCUGGCACACAGCUGUAUCGAACGGAGGGAGAUGCCGGUGACAUGUUUACAUGCAAUGCACAGAUUGACUCCAUCUAUUUACCACUGGAGGUACAGUGGGUGAAUGGAAGUGGAAGUCAGGAUGGAAAUGCCCUAUCCACGGCGCAAUUGGCUGUAUUCAAUGUAUCCAAUGACUGGACCACUACAUCUCAAGGUGGAUACAGUGCCGGCGACUUCACAUUCAGAUGUCUCGCUACCCCAACGCCAGAUAACUCCAUACCGCCACAACUUGCAAGGUCCGACAUUGCAGUCACAGUCUUCCGUAUUCCAACUCCUGCUAUAGUGGAGAGUGGUUUGCCAAUCUUGGCUACUGACCUGCCUGGCUCCACAUACUCCCUGGAUUGCAUCAAUGCUGUUAGAGGAACACCAGUUGGAAUCAGCUGGACUGGACCAACUGGAACACUGGAAUCUUCUAAUAGCACCCUGCACUUCCCGAAUCCCACUCGGGAAAAUGAAGGCAGCUACACAUGUUCGUUCACGGUGGAGGAGACAAACCGACCAGCCACCGGAUCAUUCUCUGUAACACUUUAUGAAACACCUGUAGUUGAUCUUCCCACAGCACGCGUUCACGCUACUGGCGACCUAGUACGCUGCUCAGAGUUUGUAAGUAACAUCGGCAACGCAGCAGCCCUACUCAACUACACCUGGACAUUGCCUAGUGGUGUUGAGGUGAUGGCGGAUGCUAUUGCUACCCAUGUGCCUGGUACAUAUACGUGUGUAGUGGUCAACACACUUCUAGACACAGCUGGAGCUGGCGCAGCAGCACGUGGACAGGACAAUCUGAUGGUUACCGUUCUGCCUCCAGUUAUUGUGAACACAUCUGUGGUGGGAGUGGAAGGCUCUGUGGUGCACCGUGAUAGCAGAACCAAUGAUCGAUAUGUUGUAGUGCCUGGCGCCAGUUCGUCCUUUAACUGCACUGAAUUCGGUGGAGGCAAUGUCACCUACCGUUGGCUUAAGGUUAACAGUAAUGGUCAGACGACUGUCCAAACCACUCAACCAUACUUCACCCUCACCAAUGUUGGUGCUGAUCAGGAUGGUCAAUAUCAAUGUGAGGUGACAAAUCCUCGUAUUGAAUCAGCCAGCGGUACUAUAACAGCACUGGUCAUCUAUGAUGUGUUCUUCACUCCGCAGGUGACAUUCCCUGCUGAAGUAGUGUAUGCCAUCAUUGAUGAAGCAUACACGCUGCAGUGCAGUGUGACAGGAGAUCAGCCGGACAACUUUACAUGGACGAUGGGAGGCAGCGAGGACGUUCUCGGAACAGAGCAGAAUCUGACGUUCACCAGUGUUGAGAGAAUCAACUCCGGAACGUAUGAGUGCAGUGUGAGUGGUCAACCUGUUGAUACCCUACCAGCCUACUCACACACAGCCACCGUAGAGCUGACUGCACAGGCCGCUGCUAGUGCAAGUCUUUCUCGCGAAGACUCUGUGAUAGUUGAAGCGGGCGGAGAGGUGGAAAUCCAGUGUACGGCAAGUGGCGAGACCCCUGCCGAUGCCAGCAUCACCUGGGAGCGUGAUGGGCAAGCUCUACAGGACCAGGAAGAGCGCAUUACACUCACCCGUGCUGGUGCCGUCCUCACCCUAUCCUUCAGUUCCAUAUUAACAGCUGACGCUGGCCAGUACACAUGCAGAGUUGUGGAUUCUACUGUGGGUCUGCAAGGCCGACAGACAGCCAUGUCCACUGUGCAGCUUUCUGUCACUGGUGCUGACCCGCAAACAGAUGAUACUGACAACGUACCUAUCAUCAUCGGUGUAGUAUGUGGCAUUGUCGGACUUCUUCUUAUCGUUGUUCUCGUCGUUAUCAUCGUCAAGCAGUGGAAGAAGAAGAAGGCUGGCAAUGGAGGAACAGACAACCCAACAUACGGAGAGAGCACUGCAGUUGUAAGCACACAUGUCAAUGAAGCUAGCGCAUAGACACUAGACCACCUGCCAAUGAAGCUAGCGCAUAGACACUAGACCACCUGUCUAUACUAGUAUUGAUGUUUGAUAUUGGCUCAGUGAGGAGAUUAACCACCGACCUGGUUGUGUGUAAAGGUGUUACUAUAGUGUUUUCCAGGCGUCUGUAAGUAAGAACUGGUCAAGCUGCCAUCAGUGCAGAUAUGUGUGUGUAAAAGCAGCAGUUGCAAUAGAAUGCAGCCCAGUCCUACUCAGUCAAACUUCCAAUCAUGGCUGAGAGAUCAUAAUAGUGAUCAUAGCAAUACGGUAUACUCAACCCUCUCCAUAGCUACCCAGGCUGUCUACCACUGGCACUAGCACUAGCUCCAUGUAGCCGGCUUACUACGACAACGACUAAAACUGACAAAUACCUCCUCACGAUGAUCCGAAACUGUUCUAAGUCUGCCUCCAUUGCUAUGCCCUGCAUCAGCCACUGCUACACGUAUACAGAAUGAUUCAAUACGCAAUUUUAGAGUUGAGCCCAGAUACAUAUACCUUCUAUGCACUGAUGAAUGUUUUCACAUACCACACCUUACACUGCACUGCUCUGCACCUCACAAUGAGUUGAGCUACAUUGCAUGGCUGAUGAAUUGCUAUGCCCCAUGAAAAUCGCAAUGCUUUAUGCCUGUGCUUAUGGA